UGGAUUCAUGAUCGCACAAAGCGCACAGUCUGUUCAGCGAUCUCUCAUCUAGCGGUCUCUUCUCUCUGCCUCUCCAUUGCUCACUGCCUCUCGUCGUCUACGGCUUUCUCCUCAAAAAGCCUCUGAUCGUAUCCGCACGAUCCCGAGCUGACCGGUGAGGUACCGGUACUCUCCCCUCCUUCCACUCAUUCGAUCGCUCCCCCUCCUCCUCACAACAGCUGGAUGGAGACUGGCGAGCGGAUAGGAAGAGGCGAAUGGAGCUGCGGGAUGCUGUAGGGGUUCGACAAACCGCAGCCCAUAGCUGAAGCGCACAGGGUGAACAAACACACGGGAACGUUGGGUGCAAGCAGAGAGAAGAGCUUGAAGUUUUUAAGAAAGGAUGUUCUAAAGCGUCGAGAGCCGUGCAACAUGAACAAGCUGUUCAGGAGGAGGCAGCGCUCCCUGCUGCAGCGGCUUUGCUUCUGGUGCGCCGGACUGCUUGCAUUGAGUUGGAUCUCACAGCUUUGUCAAGUAACAGAUGGCGGACCCUUCAUCAGCAGCAGCAGACUUGAACCACUGGGAUGGCCUGGGCGAAGACUCUUAUCUGCAAGUGAGGAGAACUCAACGGAGAGAACUGUCAAUUGCACCAAACCUGCAAUUCAUGAAUUUCCUCAAGACAUCUUUUCAAAGGAGCAAAGAAGAAAAGGGGCCGUGCUUCUCCAUGUGUUAUGUGCUGUGUACAUGUUCUAUGCCUUGGCAAUUGUCUGUGAUGAUUACUUUGUGCCGUCACUGCAGAAGAUAUCUGAGAAUCUUCAUCUAAGUGAAGAUGUGGCAGGAGCAACAUUCAUGGCAGCUGGCAGCUCUGCACCAGAACUGUUCACUUCUCUGAUUGGAGUGUUCAUCACCAAAGGAGAUGUAGGUGUUGGGACCAUUGUUGGGUCAGCCGUCUUUAACAUCCUGGUCAUUAUUGGCAUAUGUGGCGUCUUUGCAGGACAGACUGUACCUCUGACUUGGUGGUCAUUAUUCCGGGAUUCCUCAUAUUACACCUUCACUGUCAUUGCACUUAUUCUGGUAAUCUAUGACGAGAAAGUCGCUUGGUGGGAGUCCAUCAUUCUUAUAACGAUGUACAUGGUCUACAUCCUCAUCAUGAAGUUUAAUUCCAAGAUCUAUAGCCAAGUGGAACGCUGGGGCCCUAGUCGCAAUCAGCCUCGAAUGGUCAAUGGUCACCAGGCAGCAGAGAACAACCAGCACCUGGAUACAUCAAUGGUCAUGCUGAGAAAAGGACGCCGCUCUGUUCAGGAGUCAUCCCCUGUUCUCAUGGUGGAUGAGUUAUUCUGCCUACACCCCCACCAGCUCAACUUUCCUGAAGCCAGCUUGCGUAUCAUGAUCACGCAGCACUUCUCACCAAGGACUCGACUCAGUAUGGCCGGCCGGAUGCUUAUUAAUGAGAGACAACGGCUGAUUAGAAACCGUAGCCCUGGAGGCAGCAGUGGCAGUGGUGGCGGUACUGACACCCCAGUGAAAGCAAGCAUGGCUGAUACAUGGCCGUUGGAAAAUGGUGGACCAAUGGAAAAUGAGAGGCAGCUUUUAGAGGAACAGAGAGGGCAAAGAGAAGAGCAAGAAGAGAAUGAAGAUGAGGAGAGACGAAGAGGGAGCACAGCAGCAGUAGAAGAGGAGGAGGAGGAAAGUUCGCCCUUUUUACCAUUUCAGAUGCCAGAUGGGACAUGUGCCAAGAUGAAGUGGCUAAUUUCUUGGCCCUUUAGUUGUCUCUUGUACUGUACAGUGCCAAACUGCGAUCAGCCACGCUGGGAGAAGUGGUUUAUGGUCACCUUUAGUAUGUCCACUCUCUGGAUUGCUAUCUUUUCCUAUGUAAUGGUCUGGAUGGUUACUAUUAUCAGCUACACACUAGGCAUUCCAGAUGUUAUCAUGGGUAUUACAUUUUUAGCAGCUGGAACAAGUGUUCCUGAUUGCAUGGCAAGUCUCAUCGUUGCCCGUCAAGGCAUGGGUGACAUGGCUGUCUCCAACUCCAUUGGCAGCAACAUUUUUGACAUUCUAUUGGGUCUGGGGUUCCCUUGGGCAAUGCAAACCUUAGUGGUGGAUUAUGGAUCAUCUGUCUUCAUAAACAGCAAAGGACUGCUGUACUCAGUCAUUCUGCUGCUGGCUUCCGUCUUUCUUACUGUUCUGAGUGUGCAUCUGAACAAGUGGCAACUGGAUAGAAAACUCGGUUUGGGCAUCCUGUCCCUCUACACGGUCUUCGUGCUCUGCUCAAUCUUGAUCGAGCUCAACGUCCUUGACUCACUUCCACACUGCCAUUGAGGACAGCUCCCUACUUCCCACCAUAGAAGGUUGGAGUAUAGAAGAUGUGUUGGAUUCUCUCUGAUGUUAAGCACCUUAUGACCACCACCUUCAUUCUGCUUUGCACGCACUGGACAUCCCCUGAUCCUUAACAGUGCUGGCCUUUAUGUCUGGUGCUUCCACUCCCUUCCCGAGCAAGCCGGUAGCGUUUGUGAGCGGCAUGCAUUUAUUAUAUUGGUAUUUUUUUUUUUUUUUGGCAAUGUGAUGGAAAUGAUGAUACGGGGCUUUCCAUUGCUUCUGCAUCAGGUAGAAUGGCCAACUCUUGUAACAGCUUUUAAUCUCACAGAGUGACAUGGCUACAGUACAGAAGUUACCCAACCUAAAUUUGUGGUAGUACAAUACUUGGGCUAGACCCGCCUCUGAAUUUAUAGCCGGCAGCUAUUCUUUCUCAUUUUACUUUUGUGUACCUAUUGUAGAUGCGUCUUACUAUUCAAGUAGACAAAUGCAAACCCCACAGUAGUACUGUGUUUUACAAGACAUCUGCCUUGAGCCUUACUGAGCUUAUCGAGAUGUUUAAAACAAAGGCAUUUAUGAUCUAUGUCAUUCACUUAAACAAGAUCUGGUCAUUUUUUAAUUUUGUUCCUUUUAGGCAGUAGUGUGUAAUGGUUACAGCCCUGGAUGUUAAACCAUAAGGCUGCAGUUCAAUGUCUGGCUCGGCCACACUGUGUGACCCUGAGCAAGUCACUUAAUCUGCCUGUGCUCCAAGCAUAAAAAAAAUAUCUAUAAGCAUUUUUAACGUCUCCUGAUCUUGUGAUUUGCUUUGGUUGAAGGUGUCAGCUAAAUGUGUAAUAAUGCUUUUUCAAACAGAGUAGCAUGAAGGUGGCCAUGUCUUCCAGUGACCCAUUAGAAAAUGAACCUUGUGUCUAAGGAGAUGGACUUCAGAACUAGAAGAGCUUAUCUUUAUAUCCCUUCUCUGCUUCCCAGGAAAAUCUAGGCCAUGUUUAUUAUCUGCUUUUGUGAUUUUUUUUUUUCUUUUUUAUGAUAUGCUUUGGGGUUUGCAGAUACAUAAAAUAAAGAUUGAUCUUCCACAGACAAUAUAGUUUGGAGCACUGCAGGAGUCCACAGUGACAGGAAAUAUUCAGAUCUGUCUGUAGUAGUAAUUUAUUUUUUAUCAGCAUCUCUAGAAAAACCGCAGUGCAUACCGCAUCGUCCCUUUCUUCUUUAAUCUAAUUCUUCUUCCAGUCCCAAAAGCCCAAACUUGAAUAUUUUUCACCACUCUCAAGUCCCUUGAUUCACCCCUUUUUUUUUCCGACCCAUCUGAUCAGACAUGUUUGUAUAGUAAUUAUACAGCAGCCUUUGGUUGGGCACAAAAGAGGCUCUGCAGCAUCUAUUCCUCCCGGGAGUCUCAUUUCAGGGGGCUGAAGCAAAAUGGCCUAAGGCAGAAGGUUGAAUUUGAGUUCAAGGCAAAAAAAAGAAUUUUUCAUAUGGUCUCCUGACACAGAUAUUUGAUGCCAUCAAAAUGAAACAUUUAAAGAUGCAAUGUGGGUGAUGAGAGUGGAGCUCUUUGUAUUUCUCCCUGUCUGAGAGUGGCCCCCUCAAGUGCUGCUUUCUCGGCUCUCCCAGUGAAGCCUGACAUUGUAUAAGGCAGAGAUCUAAAAUAUUUUAUUUGUACACCAGCAUAUCAAAGAGUCCAGAAAUGGACUCAUCUCUGACAAUGCAGUUUGAUUCUCAUCCUAACUGCAGGCAAGCUCAUGCUUAAAAAUGUUUCUCUCAGUAGUCUAAUAGCACCACCUAGUGUUCAAAGACAGGAGUUGGUUUGACAGAAAAUAGAGCAAGCACAACUAAUCGAGAUUAACUGAUACAGUGCUCAGCUAAACAGGAGACAUAAUAUACAUAUUUCUUCUGUAAACUGAUAAACUACUCAAUCACUUGGUUUGUGAUAUUUUAUUUACCCAUUAGAAGGAAAUUAGUAUUUCACAGCAUUGCAUUAAAAUGAUGUGUUGAAUUCAAUUAGACAAAGUAUGUGGCAUCUACUGGCCUGAAGGACUUGGGAUGGCAGGAUACCUAGUCAGACUUUUGAGGAAUUAUUUUACCUGUUUGUAUCCAUUUUAUGUAUGCUUGUGGAGAUUAUAUUUUGCAAUUAUGUGUUAAGGAGAUAUUGAAGAUUAAUCGAACAUUUUCAAAUCAUCCUAAGCCAAUUUAGAGUUUGGGCUUAUGCUAGAAGCUUACCCACUAUAGUCAUGCACAAGGACAGUCUGGCAUAACUCCACACUCAAACUGGGCAAAUUUAAAUUUGUCAUUUAAUCUGUUAAGCACAUCAUUUAGAUGGUGGGGGAAAAAGUGUAGAGAACAUGCAACCUUUACACAGAGAAUAACCGGGAAUGUUAUUUAAACACAGGAUGCUGGAUCCAUAGGGCAGUAAAGCUAACCAUUGCACCACCAUGUUACACAAUUCAAUGUGAUCAUAAUUGGCAGCUAAGCAUGCAGUAGUGUUGUUAGACCAUUUGCCUUCCCAUCAUAUUUGGGUAGCUGUAAUUGUUCUUCCAGAGUUUUGUAAAGAAAAUGCGCACUUACAUUGUGAUUUGGCUUUUUUUGUUUCCAUGUAACUUGGCACUCAUAUAGUCUUUGUUUUCUUUUCUGUAAACCACUGAAGCCACUUUUGGAAAUGUACCGUAAUAUUUAAAUUUAAAUACAUGGUAGAUCAAUUAGAAUUUGAAAGGAAAAAUGCAAAUUAAUUAAUAUUUACACAGCAUGUAAAAUUCAUAGUAAAAAUUUCAAAAAUAAAGUCAGAAACCAAGCAUUUAGACUCUUGAACUUAUAUAAGGUUUGUCAAAGAUGUGUCAAAUUGUGUUCUUAACUUUCUUUGUAUUAUUUUCCUUUUUUCUGGCAGAAAACAUGCAACACUUCUUUUCUUUUAAAAGUAAAACUUUUUUUUUUCUUUGAAAGAAUUGGAAGACACAAAAUCCUGUAGAUGAGGGGCUUCCAAGCCGUGGCUGCUGGUUUUCAUUUCAGCCAGUUUCUUAAUUAGAAACCAGUCUAAGCCUUUGGCCUGUGUCUUAGUGAAAGGAUGUACUUCAUUGCUGCUUUUAUUCUAAAACCAGUAAGCGUGAAGUGCACUUUCAUUUGAAACAACAUGCUUUCCACAUUUUCAUAUGGCUUUAGUCCCAUUUUCUCCUACAUCCCAAGAACCUGCAACAGCAGGCUGACUGAUGGGCCAGAGUAGGUGAGUGUGUCCUCAUAUUAGAAAAAAUUCCAAAGUAGUGUUUGCGAUCAAUUUUAACACUUUCUUUCUUCCUUCUAUGAGAGCAAAGGCAGCUCAUGUGACACACUGAACCAGAGAUGGGAUCUGAACUUGUAGGCUAAUGAUUUCAGGUCCAUUUCCUUAGUCCAUGGGUCAUUAGCCACAGCCUUCUGUUUGACGCAGCUUUACUAGACCUGUAAAUGUUGCUGCACUCUAAAUAAAGUACAGGCUCGCUUAACAGGUCCAAAUUCUCAAGUAGUGUAAUCUAGGUGUGAAUAUCAUUUGAUCUGAUCUGACUUAAUAGUUUAUUUAUUAUUUUAUUUAGAAAGAUUAGCUAAUUGAAAGAUGUCACAUGAUGUAGUAUUUUAAGAUGGUGGCAUGACAAUUAUCAUAAAUACGUGCAGACUAAGUGGGACAAAUGACGAGAGAGUGCACUUUUUAUAUAAUAUAUUCAUUGUUGUUUUUGACAGUGCCAAUUCUGAAGUCCCCUCAAAUAAUAGGAGUUUAUUUAUUGUUUCAAAAAUAAUUAAAAUAUUUAUAGAAACAGAAUAAUUUUACAUUUUUGGAACUUUAAAACAAUACAUAAUAUAUAGUGAGUAAUAUAUGCAUAUAUAUAUUAAAACACAGAACAUUUUCAAACGUACUUAAUCCAAAUGAGAGUUUUCAGGGGCUGGAGGCAGAAGCCAAUCCCGGACAGGACGCCAGUCCAUCGCAGUAAACACUCACAGGGGGCUAAUGCAGCCAGCACCUUACCUAACACACACAUUUUUUUAGAAUGUACCUCCAUCCAGCCAUCUUCCUAACCUGUGUGGAAGAAAAAUAAGCCACAAUAUUUAGUUUAACAUAAGGAGGUCUUUAUUAGCAUUAAUGCUGACCCAGAACGUUAGCACUAAAGUCCUGAAUACCCAAUUAACACAGUGUGCACUCUAUAUAGCCUGAAAAUCGUUCCCCCCUUCUCUUAGCCAUGUCAUAAAAAAGGUUGGGAUUGAUUAUUUUAGUUUAUAUCAAAGAAGAGUAAGGUCAUGUUUGGUGACUUUUUGGUGACUUUAUUGCUUACAGAGAUGAUUAACCGACUUAUCAGUAAGAGCCUCCUUUUAAACUGCAAGAUACGCCUUUAACAAAACAAGACAUAAGUCACAAUAACACUAAUGGUCUUCUGUGGAAACAUUUUAUGGGUAUGAUAUACUUAAUAAGGACCAGUAAAAAUACAGAUUUGGUUAAAACUUAAAGAAAUUAACCAGUAUGAAGCUAUUUAACAAGAAACCCAGUUCAUUACAUAUUGUUAAAGAACAAAUUAUAUUUUGCCAUUGAUAGGAUUUAACCUUAACAGAGCAGAAUACCAACCUUGAAUAGAGCCAUAUAUCCACAUAAUGGCAGGGUCAUGGGGCGGUUGGAGCCGUUCCCAGCAAACGCCAGAUACAAGGCAGGGACGACUCCUGGACUUGACACCAGUCCACUUCCAAGGUAGCCAGCAAUGUACACACGAUUUUUAGGAAUGUACGUUUAUCUAUCCAUCCAUCCACCAGUCGAUCGCAGUAAACACUCACAAGGAGCUAAUGUAUCCAACAACUUAUCUAACACUCACACACACUUUUUGGAAUCUACAUCCAGUAUUUAACUUACUUAUUACCAUUAGCCAAGGCUAACUGGAAAGGACAGUAAUGUUCAAUGUGUCAUCUUACCCAUACUUCAGGGGCUUUCAAUACUGACUUGAUUUUAAAUUGCCCACCCUACUGUCAGCUCCAAACUGGACACCCUUCCUGUUGAAGGAUUGAUGGCAAUAUGCCCUGAAUGAAUUCAGUUCAUCGGUAGAUCUUUUUAUUUAUUUAUUUGUUUGCUCAAAGUAAUUCUAAAAUGAGUUCUUAACAUUUGAAAUACACGUAUGCCACAGAUGGCAUCCCACCUGGGGUUAGUGUAUACCUGUUGCUGCUACAUUCGACUCCAGAGCCGUGCCACCCAAAAUUUAGGAACCUGUAGAGAAAAAAAAAGUAAAAGAAAAUGGGGUUAUUGUUUGCGAUAUGAUUCCACACGUUAUCUCUUUAGAGACAGGGUUUUUCUCCACAUAUGGUACUACAUCGAUUGCAAAGACGUUAUAGCACAAAAAAUGAAGAAUCAUUUAGGAAUGUCUACAGAUAACACAUGUAAAGUCUUUGUACCUUUGGUUUUAGUGCCAUGCCUCUUUUUUGCUCACACUCGCAGACUUUGACCUCUCUUGGUCGAGAAGUUACAAAGAAAGCAACUAUUUUUUAAUUUGGCUUUAUUUUGCAUGCCAUGGCUUUUUAUCUUUAAGAACAGGUAAAUUAAUAAAAGUUAAUGAAAUCCAAAAGCACAACAUUUAGAAUUAUUCCACUUUUACCUACUUAAAUAUUGCAAAAUGUGAUUUAUUCACAGCUACUUUGCAUUUCCAACUAGUUUUAGCAGUUAAUCCCAUUCAGCUUCCCAGUGUUUCAGUACUUUGCACAUCUUUGAUAAAUGUUUCUAUAUUUAAUAACCGUUAUAAAUAUUUAAUACAUUUUUAUAUUUAAUAAAUGUAACAGGACUGAAGAUGCAUUCUAUGUAUUUAUUAGAUGUUAAAAAAUAAAUCUCACAUAUAUUUAAUACAUGUUUUGAAAUGUGAUUAAUAUUUUACAUAGUUCCUUUUUUUUUUUUAAAGAUGAUGUGAUUUGCAGGCUAUUUCUAGUAGUAUUCCUGAAUGAACAGGAAGAAAUACACAAAUGUUGCACUAGAUCUUAUUUGACUUGAAUUAGUGUAUAAAUAAUAGCAGAGAAAAACCAGUAUAAUUAAAACUGUAUGUUGUAUUGUACUGGUGUGUGGCUGAUAAGUAUAACAAUACAAUUCUAUUUUUCAAAAUCCUGUUCAAUUGAAUCAAAUUAUAUAACUUGUAUCUGUGAUAACUGUUGUUCAAGUAUUGCCCAUUAGGGGGCACAAUUUACUAUAUUUUUGUCAAACUUCAUUUUCACCAACAUUGUAAAAAUGAGCCACCUGUUGUAAAGCCUCAGUAUGCCUAAAUAAACAUCAUUUCUUUGUUAUGGUUCCCAAGGAAAGAAAUAUUUGUUUUUAGCGAAUUGCAGUUACUUUGGGGGGCAAAAAGGGUAAUUUAAUUUUCAGGGGCACCUGCUUGUGUCCCAUUUUUAUUUUUACUAUCUCCCAUAAGUAUGGUACAAUUUGCUUUAUACUGUAUACUGCUUUUGACUUGUUACCACUUUUCUUUUUGAGGGGCAGCAUGUUUCUGCAAGUUUUCUACCUUUCUCAAUUGUUCCUUUUAAAGGACACUUAAAGACCUUUUGGUCAUUAAAUGAAUCAUUUCAGCUCAUUUAAAUCCUGGUGACACACUCACUUUCUGUUUUUUCUCUUUGUCUCGUAUGUGUUUUCAGAAAGCCUUCCCCCUCUCUGAGUCUCUUUUGAGUCUCAGGGCUCGGGACCACUAGAUCAGGAUCAGAUCCCCUCGCUUGCCAACAUGCUAUAUAUCUUCUUGUUUAAACAAGUACAACUCUUUAAUCUACUGAAUGAAGGCCAUUUGCAUUCCUUAUUAGGGAAAUUAAGUUGGCUGGCUGAGAAUUCUUAAUUCCCGUUUUAGUGGUGUAUCUGUUGAGAUCUUGUACGUUAAAAAGGUUUUGGGUUGUGUCCAGAUUCUUUAUGUCUUAGUAAGGGCUGGAUGCCAAGAUGACCUUUAUUUGAACACUGGGAGUCAAGAGGCCUAUAGGUUUAGUGAAGCUCUUGUUUAAAAAGUCUAAAUCAAAUAUGCCAGGCCAAAAGGGCAUCAUCAUUAACAAAACCAGGGAAUCUCCUUAAAGAGUAUGUAUGAAUAAAUGUUUUCUAAUGGCAAUUGCUGAUUUAGUCAUGGCUACAAACUAUAAGUGUUAAGCAGGCCUUUCUCACAAAUAGGGGUGCAUACCGUUCAUGUUUAUUUAAACAAUAUGUCAUAAACAGUGACAAGAAAAUAUUAAGAAAGAAGGCAUCUAGCAUUUUUAACAGGCUUUUCUUAUGAAAAACUCUGAGCUUUGCUUAGGCCUUGAGUUGCUUUUGGAUGAUUAAUGCUUUAUAUUGCUGUAUUUUUUUUCCCUUUAAACUGAACUAAAAUUGACAAGAACACCGAGGUGGAAGCAAGUGGCAGUGUUGUCUUUAUCUGUUUCAGGGAGGCAUGUAUCUGUCCCAUGCAUGUCAUUCCCAGUAAUUUGAGUAAAGAGGACCUGACAGCACGUUCCGGAUGUUGCUAUGGAUACCUCAGUCAUCUUGACCGGUCACUUCCAGAAUUGGAUUGCUAUGUAUGGAAAAUUCCCAAAACACAUGCGUUCAAAAGACACAAUUCAGCAAGUGAUAAUAGUUUAAGUAACGGAAUGAAAUAUUAGGCAAGCUUUGGCAAGGUGAACAUUCUUCAUUACUUGCUCUUGUAUUCUUAUAGCUUUAAAAACAAUUCACAUGUAAGGGUUUUGUAAUUAUGUUAUUUAUUUAGAAUAUUAGAUGGUCUAGUAGCAAGACAUUUGUAGAUAGUUUUCUGGGACAAAAAUAAAAUUCAUUAGGAAAUUAAUAAAAAGUGUGAGUAAGCUCAUAAAAAAUUGGGGUCUAUUGUCAGACAGACCGACUGGGAAAUUUUUGUGGACAAAAAAAGAUUUUUGUCAAAUAUACCCAAUGCCUUUGUUACAUUUUAUUAAUUGCUCCAUUUCUUUUCUUCUUCACAGAUGUACUCCUCUUAGUGCAGCUCUUUUCUUAAGUCUCACAUUACGCCUCAUGAAGUUAUUAAUAUUACUGCUUACGGGUUUGAGGGGUUCUGUGUGUCACCAUUUUAAUUUUUUUGAUCGUCCUCGCAAAUCACUAUGGCCAAUAAAGCUUUCUUUCCUUCAAAGCUGGUUGUGCCCUGAUGAAAUGGUUCAACCACAAAGUGAAUUUCCUUUCUAAUUUUUCCUAGUGAGGGCACGCUUUAAAUGAAGAUAGAGAGGUGUCUUGGUAAACACUGCAUGCAGUUCAAAAGAACGCACUGGAGCAGCGACUCGGUGUCUUAGGUGAUCAGACCUUGAGUGCUGAGAGCUUACCCUGAAAUUCACCCUUUGUAUCUGUUUUCUAGAACAGCAUUUGUAUUGUAUUAAGAACUUUGACUGUAUGUCGUAAAGUGCAAUAAAUAAACUGUGCAAUAAUACAAAA